CUUGUUUGGUGACCCAAGGGGAAUCAUAGAGAUAAGUCGUGUGUCUGUGCUACUUAUAUCAGAGCACACUGCCACAGAUCUCGGUCAUAAUGUGGAAAACCUGUUUUUUGGUCCUGUUUUUGGUGGGAAUCUGCAGCGGUUCGUGUCCGGUCGGGUUUGUACAACAUGGUACUUCCUGUUACAUGACGUUCCACAUUCGGGCUUCCUGGGCGGAGGCAAACUAUUACUGCGGUCUGAUUCAAUCGUCUCUGUUGUCAAUAAAUGACGCCAGUGAGGAACAAUUCAUCCAAGGAUAUCUAGGACGACUCGGUUCAGGUGCGUUUUCCACUGACUCGCUGUGGAUUGGGGGCACCAGCCUCUUCUCUGGGAGCUGGAUCUGGACCCAGACUCAGACCAGCCCCACCUACACAUCAUGGGCCCCCAACGAACCAUCCACCCACGCACUCAAUAAGUGCAUGGCUAUCGGCUUCAAAUCUCAGUUUCUUUGGACUGCCAACGUUUGUGAACAACUUAAUAACUUCAUCUGCGAAUCUCCGGCAUAGGUCGAAAAUUUCGAAAAUUAUGAAAUAAUCGGUAACUUCAAUAAAAUUUUUUUAAACAA